AUGAAUAGGAAAAUCCAUGAUCCUGUUGUGGUUAACUCUUCCAUUAUUUUGCUACAAGAGAGGUUUAGACAGUUGCAAAGAGUGAAAGAAAUGAGGGAGAAGAGAGAGCUAUUAAAAAUGCUUGGCAAUCAUGAAACUAAACAUUUGAAUUAUUCGAGUCGUGGUAUGAGUCACGAACCAAUUACAAGGCUGUUUUUCCACCCUGAAUUGAUCAACAUCAAUUCAUCAGGGUCACCAUCACCACCUCAUGUUUCUCUUUCACUAUGGCCAACAACAUCACAAGGCAUGCAAGAUGAUAACAACAACACUAGCACUAGCACUAGCACGAGUAGUAGUGAUACUGUUGAGACCCUAGUACUCUUCAAGAACUUCUGCUCACAAUCAAAACCCCUGCAGGCAUCAUGGAAUAAUGUCUAUGACUCUGGUGUUGAUACUUCUCUUCACCUGUAG